CAGUCUCUAAGCUCAGUCUCGCGGCUGCUCUGCCCGCGAUCACACGCGGCCGCCGUACCGCCUUAUUGUCGGUGUUUAGUUGUGCCAUACAUUCUUAAAUAAUUGUAGUUACCUCAAAUAUUCCACCAUGGAUCCCGAAGCCUUCUUAGACCUGGCCAACCAGGUCAUAAAACUGAAAAUGUUUCCGUAUUUUGACAUCGCACAUUCACUAUUAUGUGCACUUUCCGUCAGAGAGGAUUUGGGUGCUGGCGCACAGGCGUUCUCGCGCAAGCACCCUCUGGCGUGCUGGCUCUCCACCAUGCUCGUGAUAUUCGCGGGCGGCAUGGUCGUCAAUGGUCUACUCGGAGAGCCCAUCCUCGCGCCUCUCAAGAACACGCCACAACUUGUCAUCGGUACAGUCACCUGGUACAUAGUAUUCUACACACCAUUCGACGUGGGCUACAAAGUGGCCAAGUUCCUGCCCGUCAAGAUCGUCGCGUCCGCCAUGAAAGAGAUCUACCGCGCCAAGAAAGUUUACGAUGGUGUCAGCCAUGCCGGCAAAUUGUAUCCUAACGCUUACAUCAUUAUGAUCAUUAUUGGAACCCUGAAGGGCAACGGAGCGGGCUUUACCAAGCUGGUGGAGAGGCUGAUCCGCGGAGCCUGGACCCCGACUGCUAUGGAAACCAUGCAGCCUAGCUUCUACACGAAGGCGUCGCUGGUGGCGUCGGUGAUCUUCGUACUGGACAAAAAGACCGACCUCAUCUCCGCGCCGCACGCGCUUGUCUACUUCGGCAUCGUCAUAUUCUUCGUCUACUUCAAGCUAUCCUCAAUCCUGCUGGGCAUCCACGAUCCCUUCGUGCCAUUCGAGAACCUGUUCAGCGCGCUGUUCCUCGGCGGGAUCUGGGACUCCCUGGCCAAGCUGCUUGGAAAGGGCCAGCCUAAAGAGGAGAGUAAGGACGUUAAGAAGACUAACUGAUGCGACACGUCACAAUACACUGCGCUACGUUAUCAACUGACACCGACAAUGUAAUAUAACGGUCGCAAAGAUACUUUAGUAUCAAAUAAAAAAAGAAAAUCGUAAAAAAAUAGAAAAAACCUUUAAAUCCUAAAAAAAUGGCACAACGACCAAAGUUUUUUUUAUUUGUUUUGCUGUUAGACUAGUCAUUUAAGUUUAAUUUAAAUCCCUACAUGGGUAUGUAAGUAGUAUUGUUUGGAAGUAUUCCUGUUUCCUAUGAAUUGCCAAAAAUAUAUUUCAUAAAGUGUACUUAUAUUGUGCUGUGACUCUUGGAUGACCUAAAGGCACCUAAAUGUAUGUGACGUUUUAAAAAAAAAACAGUCUAUGAGGCCAAUUUUUUACUGCAUAUUUAUUGCAGAAGAGCCUUAAUGACAACUGACAAUAAGUUACCUUUUGGCUUGGAAACGACACAUGAUUUUUUGACAUAUACCUUACCGUUCUCCUUGACAUAUCAUAAGCACAAAUGCGCGAGACCCGCUUGGCGGCCGAACAUUCGCGAGUUCCACAAAAAUAUGUGAGAAUGUCUGCGUAUAUGUGAAGGAGCAAGUGAUGUAAUGACUAUUUUAUGUUAAGUAUGCGUCUGUGUGAAAAAAAAAUAUAAAAAAUGAUCGAGCAUUGUAAUUAUGAACUGUAUUAUUAUUUUAGUUUAGAAUCGAACGACACAGAGACCGACUUCCUUUUCAACAAAAUUGAAAAAUAGCUAUAAAGGACACGCAAAAUGAACAGUAUUGAAAAUUUAUAUUAAAUAGAUUUUAUUAUUGAUAAAAUAAUAGUUAUUCAUAUUAUUUGUAACGUGAAACGCUUGAUCGAGCCGCAGGGUGCAAGCGACGAGAGACACGCGUUUCGUAAGAAUUUAAAUAACAUUUGUUAUGAAAAUAAGAAAGGAAGUAUUAAAUUGUUUUAUUAAU